AUGGCAGGCAACGCGAAUACCUCGUCCAGCACCACCUCCUCCGCCGUCGCCCGCAAGGACUACGCGGAUGCGGACUGGUUUAGUAGGGAGCGGGACGUUGUCCAGAAAUUUGCUCAGGCCAGCAAGAGGCUCGGCGGUAUCCCCGACCUGAAUACGAAAAUCCAUGGCGAACAGAUGGAGCGCACCAAGAAUUACCUAAACGAGUUGGAGUUCAAUACCAACAUGUCGCCGUUGCUGAUGAGGAAGGCAAAGAUUGAUCAGGGUCUUGAGUUGUUCUCCCGUGCGGAUUGUCAUUUCCCAGAGGAUGUCCAGCGUCAGGCUGAGAAUCUCUACCAGCGCUUCACGGCCGUGAACUGGGACACUGUCACGGCACCAGUGGUAUCAGCAGCACCGGCGGCGCAAGCUGUGGACAAUGACGAUAACUCUGGCGGUGACGAGUCUGUCUCUGUCUCUGCCUCUGACUCCGACUCUGACUCCGACUCUGACUCUCCUCCGUCCGCGGCGACCGCACCUGCUGCAGCGCAAGGCAACACCACCGGCACAGUCUUGCUUCCUGCCAGAAACGACCCGCACUAUGGUCCAAAUGGCAUCAUGCAUGGCCUCCUGCAGAAGGUGGGCAAAGCGAAGACUCACAUAUUCGAUCCCGACUACCCUCGUCCUUCGGCACAUGUCUCUGGUCAUAACGGCGUGCAGGUGGGUCACUGGUGCCCCACCCAACACCACGCGAUGGUAUGCGGAGUCCAUGGCCAGCGGGAGGCUGGCAUUUCAGGCAACGAACGCGAUGGUGCGCAUAGUGUCGUCGUGGCCGAAAAGUACAAGGGUGUGAACAAUGACCUUGGCAACACGAUCUACUACUCGAUCCCCGGAAGCGCGGACAACAAGGACAAGCAUUCGCCGCCUGAUAAGCGUGGCACCAAAUGCCUGAACGUGUCUCUCCAGAACGGCAACCCUGUCCGUGUGUUGAGAGCCGCCAACGGUACGGCUUACGCGCCCAAGGUCGGUAUCCGUUACGAUGGUCUGUAUCAAGUCGUCAGGAGGGAGGAGAACCACUGGAACGACAAGGGCGGCCGCUUCACCCUCUUCGUCCUGCAGCGCCUUGCCGGCCAGGAGUCGCUGGCGAGCAUUGGUGCCAGGUCUCCGACUGCUCAGGAGAUCACGGAUUACAACAACUGGCGCGCUCGGGGCUGA